CAGCCAGCCCAGCGCACCGCAUACCUCGUCCAGAGCCGCGCCAAGGUCGCAUCUCUUCGCUGCAACCCGCAUUUUACCGGACCGCUAUCGACGGUGCCGGCUCUGGCGCAGACAAAUAGUAUGGGCCUAACAGGCUACAUCUGCUUCAUGACUGCACUAUCAGUCGCAGCCGCCCUGCUGUAUACGCCGUCGCAGCGAUUGCUCGAAUGCGUCCACUGCCCAAAGUACUUCGUCGUGCGACGCGUCGACUACCUGCACUACCGAAUCGAGCGGGCGCACUACCUGCUGCGCUUUGUUGCCUCAAGCUUUACGGUGCGCGUCGUGCGCGGUGCAGAGGCGUUCGCCGGGCUCGUUUCCCUCGUCGGCGCCGCGACGGUGCUGAACCUUUGCAUGGAGGUCGGCCUGCGGGUCACGGGCCAGCGGCAGAUGCGGCUCCGCGCGUACAGCCGCCUGCCAAGUGCACUCGCGGUGCUCGUUCAGGCGUUCUUCGAGGGCGGCAUGCGUCAGCGUGGUUGUGCCUUCGACUCUGCUCCUACCUGCCCCCAUGCCAUCGCCACGCCUCACGAAACGCGCAAAACGCAGGCGUUUACUUUGGCACGUUCUUCGCCUUUGCGCUGCAUUUGAACGCGGGCGACGCGACAUGCGUCCUGGCUUACGCGACAGCGUGGGUCGUCUUUCCGCUCUGGUCCCUGCUACACGGAUGGCCGCGACCGCGCGCCUACGGCGCGAAGGACCACCUCUCGCGGCGCGAGAUCGUGUCGACGGCGCCGAGCCGGCUCCUUCAGGUGGCGGCCGCGGCCGUGUGUUGGCGCACCGUGGCGCGGCCGCCGGCGCCGUUCCUUCGGGCGGUUGUGGCGACGCAGUUGUGCUUUUUCCCCUGGUAUUUCGGGGCGCUCCGCUGGCUCGGCCGCUCGUUCAUCGAGUGUGAGUCCUCCGCGCCGUCCGCGCUCGCCGACGCGCUGUGCACGGCGUACCGCGCGGCCGAGCCCGUGGCCGGGGCGUUUUCCAUCGUCGCGGCGUUCGCGCUGUUUUUUCCCGAAUGUUGUGAGAAAUAUGUAUAAGUUUAAG